AUGUUGUCACGAGUUUCGAGACACAUAACGAAUUAUUCGUUAUCACAAACACACGUGAUAUCACAGAAGCUGAUAAAUCGCUCGAUGCACUUAAGUUGUCGAGUUGUUAAUAAAAAUUUUCAAGUUCGAAUGAGUAAAUUUAGCCCUUCGACAUCGUUUGUGCGAGCCAUCAGCACCGAAGGUGCUGAUAUAAAAUCUACAGAGGCUGUCAAUAAUAUUCAGCUCCAAAAUUCAACACCAGCUGUACCUCUGGAAGCUAUUCCAGCUGACAUUCUAAAAGAUGCCAUAUCAGCCGGGACUGAUCCAGUCUUAGCGAGGGACGUGAUUAAUUAUAUCAAUAGAUCAGCUAAGAUAACAGAAGAAACAGCUUACAAUAGGACAGAUAUUUUCACAAACCCAUCAGUUAACCAUAUGACCGGUCAAAAUCAAGCAGCUGAAAAUUUAGAGGAUAUUGCUACAGAGUUAGGUAUAUCAGAUUCAAUAAAAAACGCAACUGAGAUUCCCGUAUUGGAAGCUUCAGAAGCCCCAGCAAGCAAACUGAUAGAUGCUAUCCCAGAUGUACCUGUACCUCCACCAAUCUCCGUAGAAGAAAUAGUAGCUGCGACGAAUGCGCUGGGAGAGCCGACUCUUGCGUCUGUUGGGCUUGGAGGCUGGUGGCCAGCCGGAAUUGCCCAACAAUACUUGGAGCUUAUUCAUGUAUCAUUAGACCUGCCUUGGUGGGCAACUAUAGCUCUAGGAACGGUCAUCGUGAGAACGAUAUUAUUUCCUCUAGUAGUAAUAUCACAGAGAAAUGCAGCACAUCUGCAUAAUACGCUGCCUGAAAUGCAGAAAAUUCAGAAUAGGAUCACAGAAGCGCGAAUUAAUGGAGAUCAAUUGCAAGUUGCUCGUCUUACUCAAGAAUUAAUGUUGUUCAUGAGUGGGAAUAAUUGCAAUCCGCUGAAGUCGAUAAUUGUUCCAUUGUGCCAAGCUCCAAUAUUCAUUUCAUUUUUCUUCGGAAUGAAAGGAAUGACCAAUUUGCCAUUGGAAAGCAUGCGUCACGGUGGUAUCUUAUGGUUCACAGAUCUCACUGUCACUGACCCUUAUUAUUUAUUACCGGUGCUGACUAGUGUUACCCUAGCUGCGACAAUAAGAUUGGGUAUCGACGGUCCGAAGCUAGAGAGUAUGGGAAUGAUGAAGUAUGUCGUACAAGCCAUCCCUCUCGUAAUCCUACCAUUCAGUAUAAAUUUCCCGUCUGCAAUUGUAUGGUACUGGACAACGACAAACUUUUUCUCAUUAUUGCAAGCUGCAAUACUAAAAAUACCCAAGAUAAGGGAAUGGUGCAAAAUACCGAAGCAGAUACAGCAUGCUCCUGGUAAAGUGGAAAAAAAGAAUUUCAGGGAAGGAUUUCAAGAUUCUUGGAAAAAUAUGAAAUCUGCAAGAGAAGUGACCGAUCGCCAGCAUUUGGACAUGGUCCAGUUUAAUAAAUUCGGUAGAGGACCAAUACCGAAAACUUAUGCGUACAACCCGGUUGAAGGAUUAAAAAAAUCUGCCGUAGCAUCGAAGAGAAGAUAA